AUCAUCUGUGUACUAUUUGACACCGAACGGUGAGGUAGGCUCUUUUUCUGUUUUCAGUGCUUAUUUUUCGUGAAAAUUACACGAUUUUCGUGAUAGUUUGUUGCAGUUUAUACAUUUUUGAUGCCUAUAAUUUACUGAGAGUGAAAGCGCAGGGGUGUAUCGGCGCACAGUGAACAGAGCAAUGGUAAUGGAGGCGUCCCCGUCACCGCAGAGCGUUGGCCGCGAAUUCGUUCGACAAUACUACACGUUGCUCAAUAAAGCGCCCGCCCACCUGCACAGGUUUUACAACAACUACUCGUCGUUCGUGCACGGCGGUCUCGAUGCGCCUAACCGCGAGACGCUGCCCGUGGUAGGGCAGAAGCAAAUUCACAAUCGUAUACAGCAGCUCAACUUCCGCGAUUGUCAUGCCAAGAUUAGCCAGGUGGACGCUCAGGCGACUCUAGGCAAUGGAGUGGUGGUGCAAGUGACUGGCGAGUUGUCUAACGGUGGAGCCCCCAUGCGUCGCUUUACUCAGACUUUUGUACUUGCCGCUCAGUCACCCAAGAAGUACUAUGUGCACAAUGAUAUCUUCCGGUACCAGGACAUAGUCUUCUCGGACGAGGAGGGUGAGGGCAGUGGCCGCUCCGAAGGUGAAGAGGAGGAAGUAUCUCCCGCGGCCUACUUCCCCGCCGGGGGCUUUCCUCCACCGCCUUUCCCUGCACCCCCGCAGCCACCGCACGCGCCGCUGGUGUCGCCCCCGCAGCCCACGCCCCCCGUGCAGCCCGCAGUGCAGCCUACAGUACAGCCCGCACAGCCCACGCAGCCCCAUCUGAACGGCCAUCCCCACGAGGACCCCACGAGGCACCUCGUGUCAGCUUUACAAGGUGCGUCGGUAACAAGUGCUCCACCGUCAGAGGAAAGCAAUGAAGUGAUCUCGGAGCCACCGCCUCAGCCCGAACCGGAGCCCGAGAGGGAGCCUACGCCCCCGCCGCAGCCUGUGUCUCAAGCACCGCCGGAGCCGAAGACGUACGCAAAUCUGCUGAAGUCGGGUGGAACUCGCACGUCUCCGCCCGUUGCGCCCGCUCCUGCCCCCGCUCCGGCUCCGGCGCCCGUUCCGCCGAUGGAGCAGCGUAAUCGUCCGCCACGUGCGCAUCCCAACGCUGCCGUGACCUCGGAGACUCGCGAGAACCGCGAGCCACGCGAGUCCCGCGAGCGCGAGGGUCGCGAGGGCCGCGAGGGUCGGCGGUACUCGGACUCGCAGCAGCUGUUCCUCGGGAACCUGCCCCACUCUGCGACCGAGGAGGAGCUCCGAGCUCUGUUCGAGCGUUUCGGGCCGGUCGCCGAGCUGCGCGUGCACGGGAAGGCCGCGGCGCCCGGGGCCACCAGGCACCCGAACUACGGCUUCAUCACGUACGAGAGCGCCCAAGCGGCGGCCGAAUGUCUGAACGCCGCUCCGCUGUUCUUCCCGCCCGACGCCCCGGAGACCGACCGCGUGAAGCUCAAUGUGGAGGAGAAGAAGACUCGCGGAAGGGACCCACCCCGUCGCCGUCCCACGUCUUCGCACCGCGCCUUCCCGCGUACGCCCUACCGCCGCUAGCCACGCCGCACUCAGGUGUGAGCGCGCGUCACGACAUUGGACGCCCGCCCCUUCGAAGGGACGUCUUCCUUUAAAUUAACCGCCGGCAUUUAUUCUGUAUCGCUAUACUCUACGAGACCGUCGCGCGAUCGGCCGGCACGGAAUCCCGUCACGUCCCGUGCUGUAAACACGCUUCGCUUUCUCUAAGUAGUUAGAUAGUAAAUUAAUUUUAUUUGCUCGUUGGAACUUGGCAGGGAACUAUUCUAUCGGCGCACUACGCACAUCAAUUCGUGAACUGGAAGUCAGAAAUCUUUAAAAAAUUCGUUUCCGAUUCGUUUCUUACGUACACGUAUGGACACGUAACGGAGUGCCGUGUGGAUAGUUCGACGGACGGAAACAGCGGUUUUUGUUUUGUAAUUAUUAUAUGUAAGUAUUGAAUUGCAGGCGCGCCUGUCGAGUUCUAUCGAAUUGAUUGUAUCGUUUAUCGUUAGGACUUCUAUCUUGUUACAUAUUAAAAUUAUUUGUAUGUGUGAAUAACAUUUAUUUAUACGACUAACGCAACGAACAGCAGGCCCCAGUUUCCUUAAAGUUUGACGCGCGGAUCUUGAGCUACACGGGAAUACAAAUUUGGUUUAAUAAAAAAUAUGGAGGCAUUUUACAAAAUUCUUAGUAAAUUUUGUUUAGUUUCGAUCAAAAUCCGUGCAAUCAACUAAAUAGGAACUAUUACUCUCUGAACUACUCGCGGAAAUUACCUUCAACUUCUGAUUCAGUUUUUAUAUCUUUAAAAUUAUCAUGGCGUUGCAUAUGUUAUGUCCAGUUUAGUUGGAGCUAGAAGCUGUUCUUAUUCUGGAAACCCUGUUUCAAUACUAUAGAAUGUGUUAUUGUCGCAGGCCAAGGGUAAUUUUAUAUAACAUAUUACCUGGUAAGUUAGGGUGCAUUCAAGUAUUACGUAACGCAUUGUUUAUCCCUCCACGUAACGCGCCGUAACGUUUUACUGUAACCGCCCUCCCCCCCUCUAGUAAAACAUUACGUGACGAUUUUACUGCGUUAAUAUUAUUAAAAACAAUGUUACGAAUAGUUCAAUGCCCCCCUCUGUAACACAUCGUAACGUCCCCCCCCCCCUGAUUCGUUACGUAACGUAAUACUUGAACGCUCCCUUAAUGUCUAUGUGAAACAAUUAAUUACAGUUUUCAAUUAGGGAAUGAUAUUAAUGAGAAGCUCUCACUAUAGUGGACACGGCGACAUCUCUAGUUCUCUAUGUACCUUAUUACCGUAUUUUUAUACUUUUUUAUAUAAUCGGUUCAGGCUUGAGAUGUUUUACGUUUUUAUAAACGUGCCUGCUUUGUGAUCGUUUAAAGGUUUAAGUUAAAUUUUCGUGUAUUUUCCUAUUAUUAGCGUAUCCGUAAAAUAUUUUAGAAAUAAAUUGCGAUUCGAAUACGAAAUCGAGUUCGUCGUUACUCCGAAGCCCGUUCGAGUGCACUUGGCCCGUUGUGAUCCAUUUUUUGUAUAAUUAAUAGUUACGAUAAAUUACUUUUUGCUUAAGAGUUUAGAUUUAUGAAUAUUUUUAUAGGCUACUAAUAAGACAGUGCGCGGGUCCACUCGGACGGGUUCCAUAGUCUGUGGUAUUUUCCUUGAAUGCAAAACGCUCGUGGUGUCGGCUGCGAAAUCUAUUAUUUUGUUUGCUUAUCAACCUUAUUCGUGAAAAAAUAAAUCAGUCAAUUGCACUGUUAAAAUAUUAUAUUUACACUUCUUAUCAUCACAGCGUACACACAAUUUGACAGAAAUUUACGAAAGAGUACUUUGUUGCAAUUUGGCAGAUUUUAUUUUCCGUUGAACUUAAAUUGUGAUUGAUAGUGGGAUUUUUGCAUUGAACAAAAGUAUAUGAUUACAUUGUGUGAGAUAUUUAAACAACACAUAUAGUAAAAAAUUCAGAGAACCGACACCACGAUGGUUUUUCUAAAUUACAUGUACUUAUUUAUUGUAAAUAGUUGCCUGGCGUACACCAUAGACUGGUGCCGCCCGGCCCUAAUCAUAGAGAAAGGACUCAGAUGCCCUCGUAACAUUGACCUCUCUCUAGAAAGAGAUAGAUGGGUCCAAAUACUUUUCAUAAUUUUUUUAUUGUCUCCCUCACACGCCCCCUAUUAACUCUAUUAACACUCAGUCCAUUCUCUAUGAACAUAUUCACUAAUUUUGACGUUUACUUGACAUUCUCCUCCGUUAUAGUCUAUGUAUCUUAGGCGCGAAAACGCAUCGUACUCCAAUAAUUCAACUGGAAAACAUUUAGUGUAAAUUGGAUUACGGAUCUAAGACAUUAAACUUCAAGUUAAAAGUGGUCCCGUGCUGGGCCGCGGUUGUUGCUGGCCACUCUAGUAGAACAUGUCUGGACAUCCCAGUGUAAGGGUUACAGCUGGUCCGCCGACCGACGCCCGUUGCCCGUACGCAGCCCUCGUGACGAUGUUUCCCACAUUGUAAUACUCUCGGGCCCUGUUUGUGAAGUGUAAAUGGUGACGUGUGCGCGACUGCAAUGAGUUGUCCUCUGUAAUAGAGAUGUACUUUUUGUAACAAA